CAGGCAGGCACAGGACAUGACUAUGGACAGGAAAGUUGGUGCCUGACUCUGGGCCGCUCCAGAAAUCCUAUUUCUAAAAUCUUUUCAGCUCUUAGCUGGUUGCCUACAGUGAGCUAGGAUUUCAGUCCAACAUUUAGGAACUUCGCUCUUGGUGGCCAGAAAAUACAGAACCAGAUGCUGCUGAGGAAGAAGCCAUUAUAUGGUGGAGAAAGUGACCCUGGAAACAGACGAGGGAUUCUUAUAAGUCACAAAAGAAAAUAACUAACUUCAUCCAUGGAGGGAAAGAGACAGCUUGAGAAAAGGGACUUUGGAAAAAGGCUGUCCCUAGACAGCAGUCUUGUGGAAUACAUGGACUCCAAUAAAUACAUUGAGCAUCUGCUGAGUCAGCUCGAAGAGCAACACAGGAGUCUCUGGAGGGAGAAGUUGGCAGUGGCCCGACUACAGCGAGAAGUUGCCCAAAGAACAAGUGAGGGGGCCAUGCAUGAGAAGCUGAUACAUGAACUGGAAGAGGAGAGACACUUACGCCUUCAAAGCGAGAAGCGUUUGCAGGAGGUGACCCUAGAGUCUGAGCGCAACAGAAUUCAGAUGCGUGGCUUGCAGCAGCAGUUCUCCAGGAUGGAAGAAACAGUACGAAAUCUACUGCAGAGUCAAGGAUCUCCAGAGCAGAAAAAAGAAGAAACUGUUAAUAUAAUGGUCUAUCAGGAAAAGCUGUCAGAGGAAGAGAGAAAACAUAAGGAAGCUUUGGAAGAUCUUCACAUGGUGGUUGAUGAGGAUUCGAGGAGUGAAAGCAGCAGUACAGAUGAGGGGAAAGAAAAGACCAAAUUGCUAUUAGAGAGAUUGAAAGCUCUGGAGGCAGAGAAUUCAGCAUUGGCUCUGGAGAAUGAAAAUCAAAGGGAACAAUAUGAGCGAUGUCUUGAUGAGGUAGCCAACCAAGUUGUUCAAGCUCUGCUUACUCAAAAGGAUCUAAGAGAGGAAUGUGUGAAGUUGAAAACAAGAGUGUUUGAUUUGGAACAGCAGAAUCGGACACUAAGCAUACUAUUCCAACAGCGAGUCAGACCCACUUCUGAUCUGCUCCUCCAGAAACUUCACUCACGCCUCUUGGAUCUUUCAUCCGGAGAUUUGCUUUCAGAGGUGGAAAGAAGCCGAAGUCUGACGCAGUCACGAACUGAUGCUGAGCUGCACGAACACCAACUAAAUACAAAAUCAGCCUUGAAAUGCCCUGGCUUGGGGGCUGUCAUCCCUGGUCAUCUCUGUCCUCGAAACAGCUACAGCAGCAGCAGUGAAGUGUCUCUUUCAAGCACCUGCAGCGAGUACUCCAGUGGCUCCUCCUAUACGUUGCACGAUGGGAAGAACCUCAGGAAAAGGCAAUCAUCACAAAACUGGGAUAAAAGGCUAAGUAUUGAUUCUUCGCUCCCAAGUGGCUUUGCUAGUCCUACAAAUGAACUACCUCCAACUCGUAUCAAGGAAAGCCACAUUUUGGAAGGGCUAAGAAAGCUACAGAAGCGAAAAGUGUUACUUGAACCCCCAUCAGUGAUAACCAAAUGGGGUUAUAAAGAUUGCAUGAACUCGAAUGAAGGAAUAUAUUCUCCAGGAAUUAAAAGUAGCAGCCUCAAGGAGUAUCCCCCCUGCAAAACAGCUGACCUGGGGAGCCCCUGCAAGGAGCCCCACAAGACAUUUGUUUAUGAUCUAGAUUCCCACGAUGAUGCGGACGAUGACUCCUCCACCUUCGCAUUGCUCCAAGCAGUUCCAAACCAGAGCUACAGGCCGCAUGGCAGUAAACUAACCCACAGUGUUUCUGACAGUCUGUUUGGCUGGGAAAGAAAUAGAAAACACUUUCUGGAAGGCACGUCCUCAGUUUAUCCCAGGGAAAGGCCUGAAAAGCUGACAAGUUGCUCCAGCAGCUGUCCUUUGGAGAGGAAGCUGUGCCCAAGUGUGCAGACGCCUCAGGUACAGAGGGAGAGGGGCCCACACGGCCAAGGCCAUGGCUGCGUGGCUCUCAACCUCCAGCUUUCAGACACUGAUGACAACGAAACACUCGAUGAGCUGCACAUAGAGAGCGGUGAUGAGAAAAGUCCUUCAGACGCGUCACUGGCUGCCGACACCGAGAAGUCUGUGGAGAACCUGGAUAUUCUUGUGGGGUUUGGAAAAUCUCUAUGUGGGUCUCCUGAUGAGGAAGAAGAACAAGUGCCCAUCCCUUCAGAGACUAGGCCAAAGACGUUUAGUUUCAUUAAGCAACAAAGAGUUGUAAAAAGGACUUCUUCAGAAGAAUGUGUUACCGUGAUAUUUGAUGCAGAAGAUGGAGAGCCCAUUGAAUUCAGCUCUCACCAGACUGGAGUUGUCACUGUUACCAGAAAGGAAAUUUCCAUCAAUUCAGCUCCUACUGGACCCAAGGCAGAACAUACUGAACUUUUACCUCAGGGAAUUACUUGUUUACAGCCAGAAGCUGCUGCAAGAGACUCUACUUUCUUUAAAAGGUCUGAAGAGGACAUGGAAAAAAACAUUCCAAAAGAUAAUGUAGAUAAUGUUCCUAGGGUGUCCACUGAAUCUUUCAGCUCCAGGACAGUGACACAAAAUCCUCAGCAGCAAAAGCUGGUCAAGCCAACACACACUCUCUCAUACCAGAGUAAUUCCAGGUCUUCAGCGCCCAUGGGCAUCUAUCAAAAGCAAAAUCUGACAAAAAUACCUGCCAGGGGCAAGUCUUCACCUCAGAAAUCAAAACUAAUGGAGCCGGAAGCCUCCACACUACUCCCUUCAUCUGGCCUGGUGACUCUUGAAAAAUCACCGGCCUCAGUUCCUGGGAAACUCUCACGAUUCAUGAAGACUGACAGCUCAGGACCCCUCUUUGAAUUACGACCAGAUCCGCACAUUCCAAAACAUCCCACCCAACUUCCGCACAGCUCCAGAUUGCCCAGCAGGAGGGACUGGGUCCACUGCCCCAAGAGUCAGACUCCAGGGUCACGGUCAAGGCCUGCCAUUGAGUCUAGUGACAGCGGAGAGCCCCCCACGAGGGAUGAACACUGUGGCUCUGGGCCGGAGGCAGGGACGAAAUCCCCUUCCCCUCCGCCCCCUCCAGGCAGGUCCGUCUCCCUGCUGGCCAGGCCCAGCUAUGACUAUUCACCAGCACCUUCAUCCACCAGGUCUGAAACCAGGGUCCUCAGUGAAACAGCAAGGACCCCAUUCAAAUCCCCUCUGUUGAAAGGAAUCUCUGCUCCGGUUAUUUCGUCUAAUCAGGUCGUGACAGAAGUGCAGAGGAAGAAACCUUCUGUGGCCUUCAAAAAGCCUGUCUUCACUUACCCUACGCCCUCCCCAGAAGCAGUCAUUCAAACCCAGUGCCCUGCUCAUGCCCCCUCCAGCUCCUUCACCAUAAUGGCUCUGGGGCCUCCAAAGGUCUCUCCGAAGAGAGGUGCCCUGAAAACCUCUCCUCGCCAAACACUUGGGACCCCACAAAUGGACACAGGAUUACAGACUCCUAGGAUUUCUCCUUCAACCCAUGAACCACUGGAAAUGACGUCCUCCAAAAGUGUAUCUCCAGGGAGAAAAGGACAGUUGAAUGAUAGCGCCUCCACACCCCCCAAGCCUUCCUUCUUAGGGGCAAACGAGUCACCAUCAUCUCAGGUCAGUAGUCCCUCUUUGUCCCCAUCACCCUCCAAAAGCCAUCACAGCCCUCAUGGUUGUCAAAAUGCUCAUGAGAAAGGACUGAAAACUCGCCUUCCGGUGGGACUCAAAGUGCUCAUGAAGUCUCCCCAGCAGCUCAGGAAAAGUUCCACCGUGCCAGGGAAACAUGAAAAAGACAGUUUAAAUGAAGCCUCCAAAAGUUCCGUGGCUGUGAACAAGUCUAAGCCAGAGGACUCCAAGACUCCAGCAAGCAUGGAGAUCACAGCAGGUGAAAGAAAUGUGACCAUACCGGAUUCACAAGCCCAGGACAGUUUAGCUGAGGGGCUUCCCCCGGAAACAGCACUACAAGAGUCAUUGGAAAGUAGCAUCCCUGGGAGUGAUGGAAGGGACGGGGUAGAUAAUAGAUCCAUGAAAAGAUCCCUUUCCUCCAGCAAACCACACCUAAAACCAGCUCUGGGCAUGAAUGGCGCCAAAGCCCGCAGCCAGAGCUUCAGUGCGCACUCAGGAGACAAGCCUUCCACACCCCCCAUGGAAGGGCCAGGCAAAGUCCGAACUCAGAUCAUUACCAAUACUGCUGAGAGAGGCAAUUCUCUUACCCGGCAGAACUCUUCCAUGGAAAGCUCUCCCAACAAGGCCCCUUCUGUUCCCAUGUUGGAGAGUCUCCCUAGUGCUGGGAGGCCCUUGGGGCACCCCUCCUCCAGGCAGGGCUCCCUGGGGAGCUCAGGCAGCUCCAGCAGUCAGCAUGGGAGCCCAAGCAAGUUGCUUCUGAGGGUCCCUCCAAAGUCUGAGGGACUCCUCAUCCCACCUGGGAAGGAAAACCAGCAGGCCUUCACCCAGGGAGAGUGCCCCAGUGUGGCUAUACUUGCGGAACCAAGCAGUGACCGCCACAGGUGCCCACCCACCCCAACAGAGUGCCCUGAAGUCCUGCAGAGCCCAGGGAGGACUCAGCAUCCAAGCACUUUUGAAACAAGCAGUACAUCCAAACUAGAAACUUCUGGAAGGCAUCCAGAUGCCUCUGCAACUGCGACUGAUGCUGUGAGUUCAGAAGCCCCCCUCUCACCCACAAUCGAAGAAAAGGUCAUGUUGUGCAUUCAGGAAAAUGUGGAAAAGGGCCAAGUGCAAACAAAGCCCACCUCUGUAGAAGCAAAGCAGAAGCCUGGGCCUUCUUUUACCAGCUGGUUUGGUUUUCGGAAGAGUAGACUUCCAGCUCUGAGUAGCAGGAAAAUGGACGUCUCCAAAACCAAAGUAGAAAAGAAAGAUGCAAAAGUCUUGGGGUUUGGAAACAGACAACUAAAAUCGGAAAGAAAAAAAGAGAAAAAGAAGCCUGAACUACAGUGUGAGACAGAAAAUGAGCUUCUCAAGGACACCAAGUCAGCAGAUAAUCCAGAUGGCGGUUUACAAAGCAAAAAUAAUCGGAAAACACCACAAGACAUUUACAACCAACUGAAGUUUGAACCAAGGAAUAGACACAGCCCUGUUACAUGUUCAACAAAAGACACCUUCAUGACGGAACUCUUGAACAGAGUUGAUAAGAAAGCAGCUCCACAGACAGAAAGUGGAUCAAGUAAUGCUUCCUGCAGGAAUGUGUUAAAGGGCAGUUCUCAGGGCUCCUGUCUCACCGGCAGCUCUAUCAGCACUCAAGGAAACCACAAGAAAAACAUGAAAGGCAAAGCCGAUAUGGAAGUACCAAAAGGCUCCCUGGUAAAACAGGCACAUGAAAACUUGCAAGAGGAUGAAGAUGAUGCAGUUGCAGAUUCUGCAUUUCAGAGCCACAUCAUAGAAUCCAACUGCCAGAUGAGAACAUUGGACAGUGGGAUCGGAACAUUCCCACUCCCAGACUCGGGAAAUCGCUCGACGGGACGAUACCUAUGCCAGCCAGACUCCCCAGAGGACAGUGAGCCUCUCCUGCCUCUCCAGUCAGCCCUUCCUGCAGUUUCUUCCGUGAGAGCCCAAACCCUUGAACGUGAAGUGCCUUCCUCCACAGACAGCCAGCGCCCUGCAGAUAGCGCCAUUGUUCAUUCCACAUCUGACCCCAUCAUGACUGCCAGAGGGUUGCGACCUCUUCAGAGCCGCCUCCCCAAACCAGCUUCCUCAGGAAAAGUCAGUCCCCAAAAGCAGAAUGAAGCAGAGCCAAGGCCUCAGACAUGCUCAUCAUUCGGAUAUGCUGAAGACCCAAUGGCAAACAAGCCGCUUCCAGACUGGGGGGGUGAAGAUGCUGCCACCGGGACCCAGGACAAGGCACCCAGAAUGUGUACAUACUCUGCCAGCGGUGGCAGUAAUAGUGACAGUGACCCGGACUAUGGAGAUAAUGGUUUUGGAGCUGGAAGGGGACAGUUAGUGAAAGCACUGAAGAGCGCUGCCCCAGAAAUUGAAACAACUUGAAGAAAGAAAAGACGAUCCCGAGAAUAGAUUAUCGAAAAUUUCCCUGGAGUCAUUCAAUAAAUUUCACAGCAAUACUGUGAUUUUAUUAGAAAAAGAGAAGAACUCUCUGAACAAGGUUGAAGGACAGAAGGAAGAAAAAGGAAAAAAUGAAGAGACAUCUUUGACAUCUUUUUCAGAUCGGCCUGGGGUAGACAACUUGGAAUCUUUGAGUGAUUCUUUGUAUGAUAGCUUCUCUUCCUGUGCCAGUCAAGGUUCAAAUGAUGUAUAAAGGACUUCUCUUCCCUUAGUGAGCUGGGACUGGAGCGCUUAAGAAAUGAGGACGGGGGGGUGGCAGGGGGUGCGCUGCUCGGUAGAGAUGACAAUAAUAAACUAUUGCAGUACCAGAGCCUUCAUUGUCAAAUUCACAGCAGGCAACCCACCAGAGCUAAUAUCUCUGACAGGGCAAUAAAGAUAGACUCCAUUUAUUGUGUUUCAAGAGGAUUAAGCGUAAACACACCUAUGAUACAGAAUCGUUAAUUUUGCACUUUUUUUGAAUAUUUGUACAGAAGUUGUAAAUUUUUUGGAAGAGAAAUUAUAUUUGUAGCAAAAAAAAAAAAAAAGACAGCAAUAAAUGGAAUCAGCGCCAUGCUCUUGAAAUAAUGUACUAAGUCUUAGAAGUUGAUGAUAAAAUAUAUUUUUUAAAAUCCCAACUGAAGUUUUUGUGAUGUUCAUUGUCCUGGUCCUCAAAUUGUUUGUGGGUACACUCUGUAAACCUACAACAGGGCCUGCCAAAAAACCAGAGCGUUCCUUCCUCCUCAUCUCCAUCUCAUAAAUCUCAAUUUGAUAGCACUGUUCAUUUUAGUGCAAUUUUAGAUUCCUUGCCAGAGAUUCAGGUGAUAGUAAUCAGUGUAAUUCUGCUUCUGCUGAAAAAUGAAAAGGGUCCUAAAGUGUGGACACUGAUUGGGAGUGUGUCAUUGUAUCAGAAAUGACCGAAUUUUAUUCCCAAUACCAGUUUUUCCUUCCAGACAUUGCUUUAGAUUGUCUUCUACUUAGUUCUUCUCUAUGAUCCUAUUAUUUGAUUUUUAUCUUCUUGCUCUUUUUAUUAAAAUCUGGGCACUCUAAAAAUGAAAGCAAAUUUCUAUUUGCAAUGUUCACUUUUAAAAAUAAAAUUAAUGGUGCUACGAA